CAUAAGUCUUUGGGGACAGAAGAACAGUCUGCAGAUGCUUAUGCUAGAAUAAUGUUUAAUCUUUAAAGUGUCUUAAGAUGCUUUGUAAUGUGCGGUGAGACUAAUGUAUACUUUCUAGCAAAGGCUUCCCUGGACAGAUGGAUUGGGUGGGCUAUAGUCCACAAACUAUAUCAUUAUUUAUGUAGAAUAAUUAUUUCAGGUCCCACAAGACUCUCUGCUGCAGUAGACUAACAUGGCUGCCCUGCUCGAAAUUAAUAUUGUGUGUGUGUAUAGAUAAAGCUGUAUUUACCAAUCUAUAUAUAGAAAGAGAAAGCAAAAGCUGUGUUCUUGCAGAAAAAGCUAGCAGGGAGAGGGCAUCAACUUUUUGCUUUCCAGAUGAUGGACUGCACCUUGUAUCAUCCAUCGCAAUUGGCUGUGCUGGCUAGGGCUGGUGGAAGGUGAAGUCCAAUUUAGUUUAUUCUUUGUUUAUUACAAUUCUUCUGUCCCCAGUAUCCGAAAUUCUCUGGGCAGUUCAUACAUAUGUACAGAGCAUGUGUGUGAUAAUAUAAAUAGUAUUAUUUAUAUCGUAACAGUAGCAAAACAGCAGGGCAAGCAAGGGGUUUCUGGAUACCAAAUGAUAAUGUGCAAACAAACCAGUCUCUUAUGUAGAUAUUCACUUAGUGCACUGGUAGUGCCCGCAUACACACGGAUAUUUAACAGUGUGCACAAUAAUAUACAGUGCAUGUAGCCAUUUCUUGACUUGAGCCCUUGAGGAUAGGAUGAGCUAAAAUACCUUUCUUUCUUGUUCUUAUAUGCACACAAGCUUUUAUUAAAUUUUAAAAUGAUUGCAUGAAAUGGGAGGCAACUUAUUCAGAUCCCAAAUUCUGCUAAGUAUAACUACAAAAAAUAAAAUUGUUGAAUGUCUACCAUAGAAACCUACAAUAUACUCCACAGUCUUUAUCAUUUUUACAUCUGGGACCCAGUAUUAAGCCCUAUCUUUAGCAAGAGAUUCACUUUUAAUUCUUGUUUAUAAGUCAUAUGUCAGUGAUUUAUUUUUACCUCCCCCCAUCCUUUAAAAAAAAAAAAAAGACAGAAAACUAGGAUCAGACAGCAGCACUACCUGUCCUUUAGAUCUGACCGUAUUAGAAUGGAACCCCUUCUGGUAUCAUCGCAAUCCAGUUGAAGACAGACAACAUACAAUAAACUUCAUAAAAGAAAGAAUGAGGAAACAAGAGGAAUACAUUAAAGGACUUUGUGAACCUGAAUUGGAAGAGAGGGAGCACUACCCCAAAGACAUGCACUGUAUUUUCGUAGGCGCCCAGCGCCUCUUCUUGAACUGUCUCAUUCAGGGGACUUCUGCUGAUAUUACCAUUUUGGAGAUCGGAACACUGAAUAUUAAGGGAGGUGCUGAACCUGUUGUUAUGGCCAGAAGCCACAUUCAGCAGUUUGUGAGUCUCUUCAAAAACAACACAAGUCUGUUGAAUGGCAAAGAGUCAGAUGUGAAGAAGCAAUUCAAACAGCUUGUUGAAGCCCAUGCAGAUAAAUAUACUAUGGACUUGUUGAUUUUACCAAGCUCACUGAAGAAAGAACUACUCAACCUCGCACAGAAGGAGAGCUGUAGGGCAGAAGGUAAAGUCAUAGAUCUUACCCAUUCUGAUGGGAUUUCAGAGGUUUUCCCAAACGACGUCAAGCAAUCUAUGAUAAGCAGUGAUGGCAAAAUAGGUCUGGAGGAAGCAAGAAACAAUGCAGGUACCCCAGUCACGGAGCUAACAAAGCAAAUGGACACCAUCUUCACUGAUACUCCAGACAGGCACUUUUUACCUAUAAAUGGUCUGAGUUCUCUAGAGACAUCUGUGUGUAAGGAGAGGCAGUCAUGCAAGAGAAGGUCCUCAGAUGCUGAGGAGAGACUUCCAAAGAAGCAGUUUUCUUUGGAAAACAAUCAGGACAGCAGACAGACUGCCUGCAGCGCUUCUGGUGGUGUUGUGACGAUCGAUCUGGUCAACAGCGCAAGCAGCGAGUUAGAGAGUGUGGGUAUGUGCACUAAAGAAGCUGAUGAGAUAAGUGAGGAAAUGGAAUACAAGAUCUUGGUGAACUUUUUCAAGAGCAUGGGCUAUUCACAACAAAUUGUAGAAAAGGUGAUUGGAGAUCUUGGGCAGUCAGCUGAACCACUUUUGCUUCUGGAAGAAAUUGAAAAAGAGAGCAAGAGUGACCCCAAGGAGAAAGAUGAGGUUGCUGUCAUUUCACAGAAUGUAGGGGCAUGGGUAGAGAAGGACCUUUCUGGCAACAAAGGGCACAAAGAUCUGGGUCACAAGCCAGUGGCACCCCAAAAUGGAAAACGAAACCUGGUCUCUGUUCUUCAAGUACAGCACAAGGUUGAAGGCAAGUUGCACAUAUCAAACUGUGAAAACCGAGCUGCUCCUUCAGGCAGCAAAAAUCCGCCGUACAAAGACUGCAGCAAAGUACACACACACAAGUAUUCUGAAGACUCUUGUAUUUCUCAGACAAGUGACACAGAAAGCGAUGGUCCUGUGAACGCGUGUGACCGUGCAUGGAGGGUAACAAACGACAGAAAACACAAAGAAGUCAACUUCGUAGCACGGGGUGGCGCAGAGGCUUCACGCCCACCAGUCCAGAAGGAAACGGCGCUUCUUCCAGCAUGUGCCAAGUCAUCCACGAAGCACGAUCAACUGGGGCAUUGCAACCCUUUGCAGCUCGGAAGCAGACCGCUCCCUUCCCAAAAAUCAAAUCAGCUCCCCGAGACUGUACUUCCUGCACAGUUCACAGUUCCUUGUUCAGAAAGGAGAAUGGGGGGCCUGCAGGGACAUCAUGCAGACCCUUCCGUCACUGGGGUGCAGAGGUUUCUAGAGUCUUUGAAAACUCCAUACAAGCUGGAAUUGAAAAAUGAACCAGGCCGAGCACACUUGAAGUACAUAGUGAUAGACGGCAGCAAUGUUGCAAUCGCUCAUGGUCUACACAAGUUUUUCUCAUGUCGAGGAAUUGCAAUUGCUGUUGAUUACUUUUGGAGAAAUGGCCACAGAAAGAUUACUGUGUUUGUCCCACAGUGGCGAACAAAAAGAGAUUCUAAUAUCACAGAACAACACUUCCUAACCCAGCUCCAAGAUGUUGGCAUUUUGGCCCUCACUCCUGCUAGAGUAGUAUGUGGAGCCAGGAUUGCAUCUCAUGAUGACAGGUUUUUGCUGCACCUCGCCGAGAAAACUGGAGGAGUUAUCGUUACGAAUGAUAACCUCAGAGAAUUUGUGGAUGAAUCCUCUUCUUGGCGAGAGAUCAUUCAGAAGAGGCUGCUCCCGUACACGUUUGCUGGAGACAUCUUCAUGGUUCCUGAUGAUCCUAUGGGACGGAAUGGCCCAGGACUAGAACGCUUUCUUCAGGAAGAAACCAGUUUUAGAGGCGGUUGGACCCAAUAUGGCCUCGAAAGUAGAGGCCUUCCUCCUUUUGGGACCUCGCAUUUCCUGAUGCAACCUGAGCAUAGCGGACAGCCGCCAAAGAGCCCGCUGCCCGGUCUUGUGCCUGCCUUACCCGUCUUUCCACCAGCACCACUGGCUAACUCGGUCCUUCCCCCACAUCCAAGGUCUGCUGCGGAAACAAACCGUUUAAAGGAAGCCUUGAGAAAAAUAUUCCCUACCUCUGAGCAGAGAGAGAAGAUUGAGGAGAUCCUUGCCCAGCACCCCCACAUGAGAGACCUGAAUGCUCUUUCUGCUCUGGUGCUUGACUUGGGCUGAAGAACUGACCCAAAACCCUUUGGGUUUUGCGGUCGGGAUUGUUAGUGCAAAGACGCAAAUGAGCUGAAGUCAAGCCAUCUGUGAAUAGUCAAAACUUAAUCCUUUUGUAUAAAACAAGAAUUGUGAAUAUUUCAGAGAUGUAGAGACACCCUUUUUUAUUCAUUUAAGUUAUGUUGCUUUUAGCAAUUUGUAUUGAUGAUUCUUCUGAAAGAAAAGAAGUCUUUAUUUCUGA